AAUGUUGUCAUAAUGAGUGGCCAGUCCUGUCGCGGGGUGAAACUCUGCUGCCUCCUGUCGGCAGGAGGCGCGUCACAUGUUGCUUUCCAAGCAGAAAAAGGCUGCCACGGACGGCAUGCGUACGUCGGUCGGUCGGUCGGUCGGUCCGCCCGCCCGCCCGCCGCCGCCGCCUGUGCCAAGUGGCUGUUUGGUGCUUUGCUAAAGCGGCCGCAUUGUGCUUUUAACGUCACUCACCAGCAGCUUUGCCCGACGCGUCGUUUCGUGAACAUGACGUCAUCAUACAAACGACGUUUGACGCGAGCGGCACGAGAGGCUGAAAAUAGUUUGGGAAGCUCGCAACCGGAACUUGCCUCUCCGCCAAUGGCGCGUGAGCGCUCCGGCGGGGGCGUGACUGACAAGAGGCGCUGGCGAAUGGCAGGGCUGUAACCGUGGCGACGCGGGCGAGCGACAGGCGGCUCGGCCAAUCACGAGCCUCCAACCGCGCGCAGCCCCGGCGCGCAUGAAGGCGACGCGCCUGCCUGCCAGAGAGGAGGAGAUGGGCAGAAGCUGAACAUGGCGGAUGGUGACAGCGGGAGUGAGCGCGGCGGUAGCAGCGGCGGCGUGGGGGGCGGCUUCCAGCACUUCCAGAGAGAGCAGGAGACCCAGGAGCUGGCCUCCAAGCGCCUGGACAUCCAGAACAAGCGCUUCUACCUGGACGUCAAGCAGAAUAGCAAGGGCCGCUUCAUCAAGAUCGCCGAGGUCGGGGCCGGAGGCUCCAAAAGUCGGCUGACCCUCUCUCUGUCAGUGGCCGCCGAGGUGCGCGACUACCUCGGGGACUUUAUCGAGCACUACGCCCAGCUGGGGCCCAGCAGCCCCGAGCAGAUCGCGCAGGCCUCCGCCGGCGGGCCUCGGCGAGCCCUCAAGAGCGAGUUUUUGGUGCGGGAGAACCGCAAGUACUACUUGGACUUGAAGGAGAACCAGCGGGGGAGGUUCCUGCGGAUCCGGCAGACCGUCAACAGGGGGCCUGGCUUCGGCAUGGGCGGCGGCCCGGUGGGCGGCAUGCUGUCCGGCCAGACCAUAGCCCUUCCGGCGCAGGGCCUGAUCGAGUUCCGAGACGCCCUGGCCAAGCUCAUCGACGACUACGGCGGCGACGACGACGAGCUGGCCUGCGGCGGCGCAGGCGGCAUGGCGGCGGGGGGCUUCGGCGAGCUCCCGGAGGGCACCUCCAUCAUGGUGGACUCCAAGCGCUUCUUCUUCGACGUGGGCUCCAACAAGUACGGCGUGUUCCUGCGCGUCAGCGAGGUGAAGCCCAGCUACCGGAACUCCAUCACGGUGCCCUUCAAGGCCUGGGCCAAGUUCGGCGGCGCCUUCAGCCGCUACGCCGACGAGAUGAAGGAGAUCCAAGAGCGCCACCGGGACAAGAUCUACGAGAGGCGGGACGAGUCGGAGGGCGACGACGUGGAUGACGACUGAGAGCGCGCGCGCACGCACGCCGCCGUACGUGCGCGUCUGCGCACGCGCGCGCACGCCCGACCGCCCGCCCGCCCGUACAGCCACAGCAGGCAGCAUUGGAGGAAAAGAAAAAAGAAUAAAGAGUACACGAGCGUUCAUCAGCCUCGUGCUGCUACGGCGCCAUUUGGCACCCAAGUCGGACUCGCUAGUGUUCCAAUCGUGACUUAAGUGCGUGUCUUGGAGGCUGAGAGGUUCUCGGUGUUCUCGUUGUCGUUUGCGUCGUGGGAUGCUUAGCAGGUUUGGAGGAGCAGCCUGCCAAUCAAAGUCUCACACACAGGGGAGAAAACAUAACAAACAAACAAACAAACAAAAAAAAAACAAUCACUGCCCGCCACGAUUGACGAGGGGGGUGAAGUCAGCCAAAAAUGACAGCCAGGGCUCGAUUUUAGCAAUACCGGCAGAGGAGGGCGGCGUUCAGGGCUCUUCCCCCCCCCCUCCCAAAAAAAAAAAAACACCUUUGCCGUCGGCCUUUCUCACCUCACUCGGGAGUCAGGACAAAAAAACAAACAAAAAAAAAAGCAAACAUCAGCAAGAGAUGCUGCUAACACGUCCGUGGAUGUUCUUUUUCCUUUUUUUCUUUUCCAACAACAGAGAACUAUAUUAUUGACACAAGAUUAUAGGAAAGUUAUUACAGCGGCAAA